AAGAAUCGAAACGGCGAAUACGUCGCGAGUCGUUUCUUCCGCGAAACACCUCUUGUUUAUGUGUGUUAUUCAAUCGAAUCUGGCCGUGGACCCGUAACAGACGAGUGCUCGAUGAACUGAAAGUAUUGGGAACGAGUUUGGUGAAUAAUCGGUGCGAGUGUGUGUAGCGAAUGUUAUGUUUGUGACCGCAACUACGGAUUACAAAUACAGGCUGGUGGCUCCUGCGAGAGCAGCAUAAGAAUAUACUUAUUUCCCGCAGGAUGUGCGAGCGAUAACCAAAAUGAUCCCUGCGAUGGCCGUGCUGUGGUUGGCAAAUCUGCUGAUCCUGGCAGCUGCAGGAGCCGAAUAUGCCCGAGAUUUGGAAGUCUCAGAAGGCGCCCCGGUAGGAACGAAAAUAGGCUUCAUAGGAGACGGAGCUUCUCCCGAUAGCGGCCCACCGUACCUGAUUGUACCCGUCGGUAGUUUCGUCGAUACCGAUCUCAGCAUCGACCAGAACACGGGAGAAAUAAGGACAAAAGUACCGCUGGACAGGGAAACGCGCGCGAGCUACUCCCUUGUCGCAAUUCCCAUCAGUGGCGACAAUGUGAAAGUGCUGGUGAAAGUAUUGGAUGAGAAUGACAACGCUCCUACUUUUCCCACACGCGUGAUGCACAUCGAGUUUCCGGAGAAUACGCCUAGAGACGUGAAAAGAACUCUGCACCCGGCUAGGGACUUGGAUCUGGACAUUUUCAACACGCAGAAGUACAAUAUCAUUUCUGGAAACACUAACAACGCGUUUAGACUGUCUUCGCACAGAGAACGAGAUGGGGUUUUGUACUUGGAUUUACAAAUCAACGGAUAUCUCGACAGGGAGACUACUCCAUCGUACAUUUUAGUCAUAGAAGCGCUUGAUGGGGGUACACCCCCACUUCGAGGAGAGAUGACGGUGAACAUCACCAUCCUGGAUGUAAAUGACAACCCUCCAGUGUUCAACCAGAGCCGGUAUUUCGCCACCGUUCCAGAAAACGCUACCAUAGGAACUAGCGUUUUACAAGUGAUCGCGACAGAUGCAGACGCUGAAGAGAACAGCCAGGUGGAAUACUCCAUCAACAGAAGGCAGAGUGACAGAGAUAGUAUGUUCAGAAUAGACGCUUCAUCCGGACUGAUUUCCGUCAACAAGCCGCUGGAUUUUGAGAUCAAAGAGCUACACGAGCUGGUUAUAGUGGCGAAAGAUCACGGUUUGCAGCCUCUGGAAACUACCGCGUUUGUUUCUAUCAGAGUGACAGACGUUAACGACAACCAACCGACCAUCAACGUUAUAUUCCUGAGCGACGAUGCCACUCCCAAAAUCAGCGAAUCUGCUCAGCCAGGAGAGUUCGUUGCAAGGAUCAGCGUCCACGAUCCUGACUCUGCAGCUGACUACUCAAACAUAAACGUCACCCUCCGCGGGGGUGAUGGCCAUUUCGGACUGACAACCAGGGAUAAUAUCAUUUAUUUGGUAAUUGUGUCACUGCCUUUGGACAGGGAGUUGCAGCCAAACUACACCCUCGACGUGGUGGCUACAGACACUGGAACUCCUCCUCUUCACGCCUCAAGAACAAUCAACCUGCAAGUGACCGACAUAAACGAUAACGCGCCAGAAUUCCAAAAGGAGAUCUAUCACGCCAACGUUAUGGAAGUAUCAGAUCCCGGCACUUCGGUGAUACAGGUCGUGGCUACGGACAAGGACGAGGGGAACAACAGUGCGGUUACGUAUUCUCUCCUGGAAUCUCCGGAGACGCAUUCCGGAUGGUUCCAGAUUGACUCGCGGAGUGGUUUGGUGACUACCCGGGCACAUGUGGAUUGUGAAACAGAUCCUUCACCUCGGCUGACAGUGGUGGCCACUGAUAGUGGGUUUCCGCCAUUAUCUUCUUCGGCGACAGUGUUAGUGACCAUUCAUGAUGUGAACGAUAACGAACCGAUCUUUGACCAGAGUUUCUACAACGUUUCCGUUGCUGAAAAUGAGAUAGUAGGGCGUUGUAUUAUUAAGGCGCGUUUCGCUAACAUCGCAGCUUCAAUAACAUGGAUAGAUUUGAAUCCAUAUAAGAAUUUGACACUCGUGUUGAUUUCAAAUAUUGCAGAGGACUUUUUGUUUGUUGUUUAG